AAUAAUGUUAGUUUUACUUUCAGUAUGAUUUAACUGGUGAAACAAAUCGUAAAGGUGACAUGGAUCCAAAGAAGCGUGCACAAGACCUAAUUCAAAAAUUAGAUGUUGGCUCCGAUAAAAAAAUAUCGAAAGAAGAAUUCAUUGCUGGAUGUAAAUCGGAUCCUGUUAUUCGAAAAAUGUUGGCACCCAAUGCUUAA